UUACGCCGGCGGCGCAGGGAGCUGACGCAGAGCGGGCGGGCGGCGGUUACGUCAGUGGCGCAGGCCGGGCGGCGCUUACGCAGGCGGCGCAGGCAGCAGCGCAGCCAUGAAGUUCCUGUACAAGGAGGAGCAGCCGUUCGAGCGGCGCCGCUGCGAGGGCGAGAAGAUCCGCAAGAAAUACCCGGAUCGCGUCCCGGUGAUUGUGGAGAAAGCCCCCAAAGCCCGGAUAGGAGACCUGGACAAGAAGAAAUACCUGGUCCCAUCAGACCUCACCGUCGGACAGUUCUACUUCCUGAUCCGGAAGCGAAUCCACCUAAGGGCCGAGGAUGCCUUGUUCUUCUUCGUCAACAAUGUCAUCCCCCCAACCAGCGCCACCAUGGGCCAGCUGUACCAGGUAGGGUGCAAGAGUGCGCUGUGGGGCAGGGACUGGAGGAACCGGGGUGAAGGGGGGGGAGAAACGACGAGAGGGAAACCAUGGCGAAAACCUCUGCUGGGAGGGGGGAGCUGGAGACUUGAUCCACCCCCAAACCUCAAAGCGGAGACGCAGCCCCCCGAGAAGCGGCGGCGAACCAUCGAGGACUUCAACAAAUUCUGCAGCUUUGUCCUGGCCUAUGCCGGCUACAUCCCAUCCACCAAGGAGGAGAGCGACUGGACCCCUUCGGGCUCCAGCUCCCCCCUGCGCCCGGAGAGCGUGGCGGACAGCGACGGUUGGGAGUCAACCCACUCGGACCUGCACACCAUUGAGACCUUCGUCAAGAAGGCCAAGUCCUCCAAGAAGAAGGCCUUCCGCCGCCUGAAGGCGGACAGCUCCCUGCUGGAGAAGAUGAAGCUCAAGGACUCCCUCUUCGACCUGGAUCCGGCCGGCCGGCAACCGCCGGCACCCCGGGCCGGCCCGCCGGGGGACAAGAAGAAGGAGAAGCGGUGCCGGCGGGCGGGGGCGGCCCCUGAGGCGGCCCGGCGCGGCCGGGGGGACUCGGCGGGCGAGAAACGCUCGCGCAUCAAAAAGAGCAAGAAGCGGAAGUUGAAAAAGGCCGAGAAGAAGCUCAAGGCCUCCCUGAGCGAGACAGACUCGGAGGAGGAGGGGGUGGGGGGGGCGGCGGCGGCACCGGGCCGGGGUGGGGAGGAGGAGGCCCCCUCCCCGGAGGAGCUGCUGCCAGAGGGCGGCUACCUGGAGCCCAAACUGGGGGGUGGGGAGGGCAAGGAAUGCGGCAGCACCGAGACCAGCCAGGACGGCGACGGCAGCUCCAGCGAGGGGGAGAUGCGGGUGAUGGACGAGGAUAUCAUGGUCGAGUCAGGGGACGACUCAUGGGACCUGAUCACCUGCUACUGCCAGAAGCCCUUCGCCGGGCGGCCCAUGAUCGAGUGCAACCAGUGCGGCACCUGGAUCCACCUCUCCUGCGCCAAGAUCAAAAAGACCAACGUCCCGGACAUCUUCUACUGCCAGAAGUGCAAAGAGGGGGCCCGCAAGGCCGCUGCCGCUGUGCCGGCCCCCCGGGGCGGGGGGGAGCCCUAGAGACUGGGCCCCGCCCCCCACCCAGCUGGACUGUCCUCCCCCCCAGUCCCCCGAAUUGCCCUGAGCAGAGAGGAGAUUCGCCCCCACAUCUGUGUGCUCAUGUUGCCCCCCCGGCUGAUGGGAGGGGGGAAGUGAAACUGAGCGGCUGCUCUUUCCAGCCCCAGCGGAUGGGGGGGGGAAGUUGGGGUGGCUCCCCCCACCCCCGCUUCCUGGCUGUAAAUAUAGAAGGAAAGUGGAGGGGUUUAUUUUGUGUGGUUUUUUUUUUUUAAACUUCCCCUUCUCCCCCCCACCCCGGUUUCCUUUUUAAAAUGGAGACUUUACUACUGCCCCCCCCCCACCCCAGUAGGUGGCGGAAGUGGGGUGCAGCGGGGUGUGUGUGAAUCAAAGAAAGGGGGGAUGUUUGGUCAAGUUCCCACCAAAGGACCUGUUUUUGGGCUGCGCUGGUCGGUUCGAAAGAUGCCCUCGGCCGGCCCCCCCACCAAAGCGGCGAGGGGGGGGCCCUGCUGGCAGUUGGGUGGGGCUGAGAAGCAGUGGGAGGGUGCUCUGAGAGUCUCCGAAAAGACGGGCGCAGAUUGAAGAGCGCGGGGGGACCUUGCUUGCCCCUAAUAAACAGCUGCAGCGUCUCCUCCCCCACCCCGAAAAGGGAGACCAGAUCUCAUCUCCCUCCCCCCUCCCCCUCUUUAAUCUGCGUUUCUUUUUGGGAGGGGUGGGGGGGUGCAGUUCCAACCCCCCCUCUUUGUUUUAAUAAUAUUUUGCAGCUUAAAUGUAAAUAAAUAACGUGGACCCUUUUGCGUUUGUA